AUGCCUCGCCGCAGUUGCCCAGCAUCUCGCUUAUCCAGUGCUCGCAGUUCAUCUGAUCUCGCUGAGCACCGACAUGUUGCAGAUGUAGUCAAUCAACUCGGUCAGAUCCUUGUGGAUGAUACCGCGAAAUACUCGGUUGCAUCUCCGUUGCGCACUUUAGACAGAUCGAGCUGCUGUCUCGAACGCUGCAGUACUCAAGUACUCCGACCAGUGCUCAGCUACAGCCACGCCGAUAGCCCGGCCACUCAGGACUACCCGAGCACGAAGACACCGGCGAUCGAGGCUUACCCAACCACCGAGGCGCCGGCCAACGAGAACUACACCACCACCGAGGCCCCGGCCACGUAG